UACUGAAGAUUUGAACUUGUUUCGAAAACAAUCGGACAUUGGGCGCAAAUCUUAUACGUAAUCAUGUAGCCUUUUUAUUCAAUAAUUUGGCAAAAAGCAAAAAAUUAGAUCUUUCGUUCAACAACAAAAUAUAGAAAAUGUGCGCUCCAUGCCGUGUUGGCUGUUGUAAUUCACAUGUUGGCCGCUGUCGACCCCCUUUGGAGAAGUUGCGCCCCGUUGAGAAGUAUCGAUGGUUCCGGCAUUGCACGGCCGAUAGUUGCGCCAAGUGCAGAAAUAAUGUCGAAAACGAUUAUGGGGACGAGGACGACCUCCAGUGUGAUUGCGUUUGCCGGCGCAAUCGUCACAUUAUCGAGGCCCUUAGCUGCCUGUUCAAGUGCUCCGUGCAGUAUAUGGUAUCGCUGCUGUUCAAAUUGGCCUAUCAGCAACUGCAGCCACUGAAGCGUUUUCCACGCGACCGUGUCUGGAAUGUGAUGGAGCAUGUUAAAGCGCCAUACACGGAGCUAAACGAUUUGGAGAUAUACGAUAGCAUGUACGACCGCUGUGGACUGCCCAUCGAUCCAUUGGACACGGAUAACAUAAUCAAGAUAAUACGACUGAUGUUCCUAACAAAAGUGUUGACCUCCGAACAGCAUAAGUAUCUGAUGCAUAUGUUACAGCGCCUCAACGAGCACGCCUAUUGCCCGGUACAUCUGGACUUGCUGCUGCAGACGCUGGAGACUCUCGACUUGAAGAAGCUAGUCUGCGGCAUACGUAACCAGGAGGAGCUGACGCGUCGCCUCUACACCAGCCGCCAGUGCAGCUCCAUAUGCAAGCUGUACCGCAAGGUGACCACCGUUGACAAGCAUAUGGUUUCGAAGAACCGCAGCAGGCGCCGACACAAAUACAAAAUGUCUAACAAUGAAACGCAUGUGGACGAUGGGAGCAGUGUCCGACAUUCGGCAUUGAAUCGACAGUUUUGUGAACGGAAGCCGAACGAUAAUAUCGCUGAUAUCACACCGCCAGCAAACACCAUAAGGUCCGUGCCCUUCAAUCGUUCCAGCAAUGCUGGCACGAGAAAUAUGCGUAAUUCCAGUGUGGUCAACCCAUCUAACAAACGGCAUUACCCCAGCGCAGAAAAAUCACACAAUGGAUGAAUGAUUGAUAAUUUGGCUACACAAUCACUUGUUGCUCAGGACAGAUCCAGAGAAAGCCGCCUUUUGUUUUCAACAUACAUACCACUUUUUCUCAUUUUGUUGUUGUUAAGGAUCGAAAAAGCGCCAUAAAUGUAAAAUUAAAGAUGUGUAUUUAAGAUGUUUACUUGCUCACUUGAGACGUAUUCACAAACAUAAAUAGUCCAUAUAACUCCGAA